UCUCUCUCUCUCUCUCUCUCUCUCUCCCUCUCCCUCUCUAUACACACAUCUGUAUCUACAUAACCUCCACACACAGUAAGCUACAGAGACGCUUUCUCGUCUCACCUUCCGCUGCGUUUUACAAUCCAGUUGUAACCACUAGCGAGUUGACUCGGCACUUGACUUACAUGAAGGGGGGUUAGGGCUUUCGAUUAUUUGGAUGGAUGGAUUGAUUCGUUAUUUACUGGAUUUUCGCUUACGAAAACAAAGGGUUUGAUCUGCGGGGACAAAUGGGGUCAAAGAUUUGCAUGAAUGCGUUGUGUGGGACGGCCGCAAGCCGCGAGUGGAAGAGAGGGUGGCCUUUGCGAUCCGGUGUAUUCGCUGAUCUCUGCUGCACCUGCGGAUCUGCAUACGAGAAUUCAAUUUUCUGUGAUACUUUUCAUUUAGAGGAAGAUGGUUGGAGGGAAUGCUAUAUAUGCACAAAGCGUCUUCACUGCGGCUGCAUAGCCUCCAAGUCUUUGCUCGAGCUCUUGGAUUUUGGGGGUGUUGGGUGCACUGGUUGUGCAAUGAGCUUUCUCCCUCCUUCAACUCAAAAUGAUGAAGCUCCUAAAGGAUUUGGCUCAUUGCCAUUAAAUGGUGCUAAAGACCUGCGGCCCAACCUUGCUGAAAAUGAAGCAGUUGGUGAUAAUGUCGAUGGGGGCAGGCUCACACAAUUUUGCAGGAUUACAGAAGCUAAUGAGCCAAACUUCUUGCAUCAAAUUCAUAGAGCUGAUACAAACACAUCGCUUGGACAAUUGCAAAGAGAGAAUUUCGUGCAUUCAAAGAGUGAAGUUGGCACGGGCUUUUCAAAUGCAACUCAGGUAUUAGUUGAAUCAUCUAAGUUCUCGAAACCGGAUUCUAGAAGGCCGCUGUUGGAAAAUGUAAAGACGGAUGGAUCACUUGCUCAGGCAUCUCUUAGUAUGACUUUAGCAGCUCCAUCAGCUGCUUCUAGUUCUGGUCUACCUUUUCGUGGUGUGCUUCUUGGAGAAAAGGAACAGAUCCGAGCACCUUCUCUGUUCCAACAAGGGCAAAGGUCCCGUCCUAUACUGCCUAAACCCUUGAAAAAUGUUCUUGCUAUGAGUUCAGAUAACAACAAAGGUGUGGUUCCUGAGCUGCGAAUUGCGAGGCCUCCUGGUGAGGGGCGGGGGAAGACUCAGUUACUUCCAAGAUACUGGCCAAGGAUUACUGACCAGGAGCUGCAGCAAAUAUCUGGAGACUUAAAUUCCACAAUUGUGCCACUGUUCGAAAAGGUUCUGAGUGCCAGUGAUGCUGGUAGAAUUGGCCGUUUGGUUCUUCCAAAAGCAUGUGCAGAGGCAUAUUUCCCUCCUAUUAAUCAAUCUGAGGGUCUACCUUUACUGAUUCAAGAUGUGAAGGGAAAAGAAUGGACAUUUCAGUUCAGAUUCUGGCCCAACAACAACAGCAGGAUGUAUGUUUUGGAGGGUGUAACCCCUUGUAUACAGUCCAUGCAAUUACGAGCUGGUGAUACCGUGAUAUUUAGUCGAUUAGAUCCUGGAGGUAAACUUGUCAUGGGGUUUCGAAAGGCGACAAACUCAGUGGAUACACAGGAAGUACAAACAUCUGCUCAAACAUCCGGUCUUCCUAAUGGUGCUCUUUCCAGGGAAACUUCUACUUCUGGUACUGUUGAGAAUCUUUCUGCAGAAAAUGUGUACUCUGAUCUUUACAAAACGCCUAAAGGAAGCACUGGUCCUCAUCUAAAUGUUCUAAAUGAACGUUUGAGCUUAGCUGAAGGGGAUAAUGGGCGGAAUAAAGGUGAGAACCUCGGAGGAGGAAUUUUUGGGGAUUCAGUGCUGCGAAUGGUGCAAAUUUCCGAGAAGAAGAGGACUCGAAAUAUUGGAUCUAAAAAUAAGAGGUUACUUAUGCAUAGCGAGGAUGCCCUAGAACUGAGACUUACAUGGGAAGAAGCACAGGACUUGCUUCGGCCACCCCCAGGUGUAAAGCCAAGUGUUGUCACUAUAGGGGACCAUGAAUUUGAAGAAUAUGAUGAGCCUCCUGUUUUUGGAAAGCGGACCAUAUUCAUUGCCCGGCCAUCAGGGGGACAGGAACAAUGGGCUCAUUGUGAUGAUUGCUCGAAAUGGCGAAGAUUGCCUAUGGAUGCUCUUCUCCCUCUGAAAUGGACUUGUCGGGACAAUGCUUGGGAUUCAAGCAGGUGUUCCUGUUUGGCACCUGAAGAAACAAGUGCGGAUGAUUGGGAAAAUCUUACUUGGGUGAGCAAAGACCUCAUGUGCUUUGGAAAAAAGCAAAGAGUUUUGGAAAAAAGCCCUAAUCCAAGCCAAGAACGUGAGCCUUCUGGCUUAGAUGCUCUGGCCAGUCUUGCAGCUCUUGAAGGCGACAUUGAUUCAAGUGAUCCAUCAGGUGGAGUAACCACCAAACAUCCUCGACACCGGCCUGGUUGUUCCUGCAUUGUGUGCAUUCAACCCCCCAGUGGGAAGGGCAAGCACAAGUCCACGUGCACAUGCAAUGUGUGCAUGACAGUAAAACGACGCUUUAAGACCCUAAUGCUGCGCAAGAAGAAACGCCAGUCAGAACUGGAAUCAGAAGCUCCACGGAAUGAGUGCAAGGAUGAAUUAAACUUUGAUGGCAGACGAAGAGAUGGGUUGGUGCAUGUAGAUGACACAGAAAGUGAAGGAAACCAGAACGGAAAGCUAACAGAGGAGGGUGAGAGCAGUGUUUGUCGAAUAGACUUGAAUUGCCAUCCAACUCGUGAAGAGAUGCAAAUUGAGUCAUCGGGAGUAAUGGGCAUGAUGAGCCUUGUUGAAGCAGCAAGGCUACCUAUGGAGAGCUUGAGUAAGGAAAAUGGAGUGGCGAGCUGUUUAUCCGAAAGGCUUAAUCUUUCAUCAGUUGCAUGCGACAGGGAGGACAAAGUAGAUGAAGUGUGUGGUGAGCCCGAUUUGGACUCAAACAAGCUUUGAGUAGAAUGAAUGUAUACUAUCUUUGAGAGCAUGGUCUUUUUAGUGUCGCAAGGCAGUGUCUACAGUCACAGAGUCUACAUUCUCUCUUCUUUUUUUACUCCGCCUUUCUUUCGUAGGUUGUAAGUCUUUAAUCUCCCUUUUUUUAAGGAAGAUUAGGAAUAACAAAAUAAAGAGAGAGCAAUUGUUUCCAGAUACAAUGCCCGCACAGCACUGGAGUCAUUUAUUUAUUCAUUUCAUUUAUUGUUUGAGAUUUGCACUUGA